AUGGGUCGAUCACCAUGCUGUGAGAAGGUGGGCUUGAAGAAAGGACCAUGGACACCUGAGGAAGAUCAAAAGCUCUUAGCUUACAUUGAAGAACAUGGUCAUGGAUGUUGGCGUGCCUUGCCAGCAAAAGCAGGUCUCCAAAGAUGUGGAAAGAGCUGCAGGCUUAGAUGGACUAACUAUCUCAGACCAGACAUAAAGAGAGGAAGCUUCAAUUUGCAAGAAGAACAAACUAUUAUUCAACUCCAUGCCCUCUUAGGGAACAGGUGGUCAGCUAUAGCCAGUCACUUGCCAAAUAGGACAGAUAAUGAGAUCAAGAAUUACUGGAAUACACAUCUUAAGAAAAGGUUAGCCAAAAUGGGGAUUGAUCCGGUAACCCACAAGCCAAAAAAUGAUGCUUUACUUUGCAAUGACGGUCAAACCAAGAAUGCAGCAAAUCUUAGCCACAUGGCUCAGUGGGAAAGUGCCCGGCUUGAAGCCGAAGCUAGAUUGGUCAGGGAAUCUAAACUGCGUUCACAUUCAAUUCAACACCAACUUAGCAGUACUCCACCAGGUUACGUUCCCGGUUCAGGUUCAGGUUCAGACUCAGCUUCAACUUUGGCUCAACCGCUGCGGUCUGUUGAUGUGCUAAAAGCUUGGAGUGGUGGUUGGUCAAAAUCAAGUGAAGGUAAUGGUGGUGGUCUAAACAUUGGAAUUCGAGGUGACCUUGAGUCUCCAACAUCUACUGUAACUCUCUCAGAAAAUGCACCACAAGUCAUGAAUUCAGGCGCAAUAAUCGGAGAGAAUUCAAAUCCAAUUAUUGAUUUUGUUGGGACUUCAGGGUCAACAGAGGCUGGAAUUAUCAAAGAGGAAGGUGAACAUGAUUGGAAAAGCUUUUCACAUUCAAGCCAUUUUCCCGAUAAUUCAGCACCUCUAACUUCAAGCCUUCACGACAUGACAAUUUCCAUGGAAGGACCAUGGAAUCCUGAGUCUUUAAGGGCAAAUAGUGACUGUGGUCAUGUUGGAAUUGUUAUGGAAGAAGGGUUCACUGAUCUUUUGCUCAAUGAUUCUGCAGAGAAGAGUUUGUCAUACAAUGGCAAGGACUCUGACCAUAGUGGUGCCAGCGGCAGCGGUAGCAGCGAUUAUUAUGAAGACAAUAAGAAUUACUGGAACAGCAUUCUAAGUUUGGUGAAUUCUUCCCCAUCUAACUCACCCAUGUUCUAA